GGGGGGCGGAAGAGCUUGUUUGUGUUUUGGUUCUGAGGGGAGUUGCGAGAAGAAAGAAAGGAGGAGACGUGACGGGAUUGUUGAAACUGUUUUCUUGGUUCCCAAACACCAACCACCACAGUGUCCCGGGUUCCGUGUGUAAAUACUGCAUCAGUGGUAUUUAAAGUUAAGAACAUCGUCUGGCUCUCAGUAGAAGUCCUCCUUGUGAGGUUUGGCACACAGGACAGCGGGGGAUCUGACUAGGUCAUGGCCAAUCGGGGAGGAGCUACGAGACCCAACGGACCCAAUGCAGGGAACAAGAUCUGUCAGUUUAAGCUGGUGCUGUUGGGGGAGUCAGCUGUGGGGAAGUCCAGCUUAGUGCUCCGAUUCGUUAAAGGGCAAUUCCAUGAAUUCCAGGAGAGCACGAUAGGAGCUGCCUUUCUCACCCAGACAGUGUGUCUAGAUGACACAACGGUGAAGUUUGAAAUCUGGGACACUGCCGGUCAGGAGCGUUACCACAGUUUGGCCCCCAUGUAUUACAGAGGAGCACAGGCCGCCAUCGUGGUCUACGACAUCACAAACGAGGAGUCCUUUGCACGGGCUAAGAACUGGGUGAAGGAGCUGCAAAGACAAGCCAGCCCUACCAUAGUCAUCGCUCUGUCAGGCAACAAGGCCGACCUGGCCUCCAAGAGAGCUGUCGACUUCCAGGAUGCCCAAUCCUACGCAGAUGACAACAGCUUACUUUUCAUGGAGACGUCGGCCAAGACAUCUAUGAAUGUGAACGAGAUAUUUAUGGCUAUUGCCAAGAGAUUGCCGAAGAGUGAGCCCCAGGCUGCGGGGGCUAACAGUGGGCGGAGCCGGGGGGUGGACCUGACAGAACCUCCGCAGCCGGCCAAGGCUCCGUGCUGCAGUACCUAACGUGGAGACCCCCACCCUCCAACCACCUGUAGAGCAGUAACUAAUGCGGCCGAUGUCCUGAAUGCCACCGCAGUUACUAAUGCAAUGUGGUGUACUCUUAUCCCUCUUCCUGCAAAACAAGAAAAUAUACCCUGUGCCCCCCUUUUCUUUUUGCAGUAACGAACUCAAUGCCAUUACACUGAUCUCUUCACACGGCCACGCCUCUUUUCUUCCAUCACGGUUCCGCUGCUACUCGAUUAUGCCUCAUAACCAAUCUUUUUCUUCUUUUCCGCCAUCCAGCUUGUUACAUCUAUCAAUUAUUAUUGAUAGAUUAACGAUAGCAGAUAUUAGAGAUGUUAGUGCACCCUGCCUUCCAUAUCCUUUCUUCUCAUUAAGAGGAAGUGGUUACUUCCCUAUUAUGGGAUAGCUUAAGACUUUACUACUGCAUUUCUUAUUCUGGUCUUCUGUUGUUGUUCUUUUUGAUAAUCGUGUUACUUAUUAUUGUCAAAAACAAUUAGUCUGCAGCAGCACAGAAACAAAGGUCUAUCAUAGAAGAGGAGGGUACUAUCGUGAAUCUGAGAAAGAGGAAAGGCGGAGGGCAGAGAGAGAGAGAGAGACACACCUCUCAUGUUGACACUUUUAUCUUAACAUUUGACUUGUCAUUUUUGAUUCUCUCUCUGAUUCCCUCUGCCUGCCUGUGUUUUCCAGGUCCUUUCCCCUACUUAACCUAAAGUAGCACUAGUGUAUAUUUCUCUAAAGCUCCAUUCUGGGGCCAUGCCUGCUUCUAGCUGUCCAUAGUGGCAUUGUGCAAUGUUUCACAGUAUUUACUCUGUGACUUAAGUGUCUGCAAGGACCAAUGCAGCACAAUAAAAAAGAAAACCCUGCUCCACACAGCUUUCUCCACAACAAGGCGCAGGGGCCUCUGAGGUCACAAUCUCCUGAUGCAGUGUCCUUUGAUACAUCUUGUGCAGACCAUCUCUUUGUGGUUAUCCUCGGGUCUCUUGGUUUCUGCCUUGGAUGGUUUUGUUUAUGCAGAUUACCUAUUCUACUGUGUUAAUGUUGUCGGACCGCUGCUAGGUUUGCACCUGUUAAAAGCAAAAGGUGAUGGUAGAGAGUUGGGAGUUGCAAUAUGUAAGGCUGCUUCAUAAUCACCAGUUUGAAUCAUAAAUAUUAGUCAUCUUCUCCUUUUUAGGAAGUGCUUUAGAAACAUUUGUGCGUCACAGUGUGUACAAACUAGGCCUGGGCUGGCUGGCAGAUGACAGAUUUCAUCCAUUGACUCACUCACACGUGCCCGUUUGUGUGUGUUUGUGUGAGGUUUGAACACAUUUGCACAUGAACACACACAUUACGUUGAAUUCCUCCCUUUGAACUGUGUCAGACAUAAACAUAACUGUACAUAAACACACACAGUCUGUUACACCUGUCCGUCACCUGUGUUGAGCACACUUUUUUCCCCCCUGUCCCACCCCCACACUUGACAUUGUUACAUACAGCGACACAUGCACACACGCACAUAUACAUGUGGUCAAUAACUCUUUUUCCAGUUCUUACUCAUGCCUUGCACUAAUGAUGCUCAUUACUAUAUCUUGUCAUAAUUACAGCCAGUGUGAUAUAAAUAUAUAUAUAUAUAAAAAUAUAAAUAUAUAAAUAAUAUACUGUAAAUAGGGUGUUGCCGUGUAGUCUACUUUUUUCGAUUUACCAGUGACAGGACUAAUGCUUGCUAGGGAGAUGUCUAGAAAAUCUAUCUAAAAAACUGUACAGUUAGCAGAAAAUAACAGCUACAAUCUGGGUUUGGAGUUUGGUUGCUGUAACUUUUUCACACAAAUGGUUAAAUUAUAAUCAGUGGUGGUCUUUAUAAAUGUAUGUAGUGUUAUUAACAAAAAAUGAAAUUGCAUUUAUUUAGAUGUCUGUCUUGUACCCUUUUUCUCAAAAGAAAAAAAAUAAUAUCCAAAUAUUUUGGUUUAUAUUUUUAACAUUAUCUCUCUCUCGCAAUUCACUAAUCUCAUUUUUAGUGGUAUCAGGCUACUUGUCCACAUUUCUCCCUGUAAGUAGAUCUGAACUUCCAGAAACGCUGGUUGUAAAAGCUCCAGAGAAGGCAGAACUAAUACAAAACAGUUUGAUUAACCAACUGUCUGCCUUUUUAACAUCUCAGUAGUCUUGUGAAGAUAUUGUAGGAAACGUGUUACAACUAUCAGCUGGCACGAUGGUCAUUCAUAAAUAAAUGAAUUAAAACAUAAUAAGGAUGUAAAUUGUAUGUUUUAUUUUUUCAUUAACACUUAAUUGCACCCGAGAACCUUUAAAUGCAAGCAUUUUACAGUACUGUUAUGUAAUGACCAAAUAAAUACUGAAAUCAAUUUGAUCAUU